AUGAGUGACAGCGAAGAAAGCAAAGUUUCUUAAAACGAAAAAAAAUAAUAGCUUAUCAAAUAAAAUUAGUAAAGAAAAUAAAACUUAGAAAGCGCAGAUGUUGGUCCUUCUGUUAAGUUAUUAAAAAAUAUUGAUAUUGUUGAUGUGCUAUUAAAAAAUGUUCCAAGUGGAGAAAUGUAUGAAAAAAGUUACAUGCAUAGGGAGGUUGUUAAUAUGAUUAUAGGAGCUCCUAAAAACGAUACGAUUAUCACAAUUAGUGUAGACGGACAUGUCAAAUUUUGGAGAAAAAUUUAUCAACUAAUUGAACAAAUCAAAUACUUUAGAUGUCAUAAAGGUCCAGUAACAGGAGCAUGUAUUUCUUUGAGUUAAGAUUCUCUUAUUACUGUUUGUGCUUCUGACUAAACCAUGAAGAAAUUCGAUUUACUGAGCACUGAUUUAAAUAACUUUUAGAAAUUCGAUUUUAGACCUGCCACUUGCUAAUUUGUUUAGUUAGAUGACAGAGAAACAACAUACUUAUGUGUGAGUGAUUUCGAUAGUGGAAAAAUUAAUGUUUAUGAUGAUGUCAAUGAAGAAAAAUUAAAUUUGGUAAAGACUCUUGAAAUACAUUCUAAUUCAGUUAGGUUCUUGUUCUUUAAUAAAGAAUACGAUUGCUGUGUUAGCAUUGAUAAAGGAGGAUUUAUUGAAAUUUGGGACCCAAAGACUUUUGAUUUUCCUGAGAAUAGUAAGUUCAAGUUCAGCUCUAAGCUUUAAACAGAUUAUUUCGAGUUAUUGAAGAAGUAAGUUGUACCCUUAGGAGCUUGUUUGUCUAACAAUGGCUAAUAUUUAGCUAUUUACGGCAGUGAUAAGCAAAUUCGUAUUUUUAAUUUUAAGACAGGCAAAAUAAUUCACACUAUUGAUGAAAGUGACAAGCGUAUUUAAGAAAUUUAAGAUAAUGAUUAAGAUCCAGAAUACAAAUUGCAUAAGUUAGAUAAAUUUGCUUUCAGUAGACGUAUGGCUACAGAGAGAGAAACCGAAAAAAUAUUUGAUCCUACAAAUUUGGAAGCCAAUAGCAUUUCCCUUUAAUUUGACGAAAACAACGAAAUGUUAGUUUACCCAACACUGGUUGGUAUUAAAUACUACUCUUUGUCUAAAGCAAAAAUAGUCUAAGUUUAAGGUAAAAACGAACAAGAACGCUUUCUUAAAUUAUUCCUCUAUCAAGGUAAGCCCAUGAAAAAUCCAAGCAACACUGGUGGUUCUUAAAAGCUUGCAUCAGACCCUCUACUCAUAGCUUCUGCAUUCAAGAAAAAUCGUUUCUAUUUGUUUUCAGGUAGAGAACCUGAAGAUUAGCAAGAUAAGAUUUUAUCAAGAGAUGUAUUAAAUGAGCGUCCUUCAAAAGAAGAACAAUAAAUGGCAUCCUAACUUCUAAGUUAGCAACAAGAAAAGAAAAAUAACUCAACAGCUAGCUCCGCAAGAAUAGAAACCACAUAAGGUGACAUUGAAGUAGAGCUCUAUGAUAAAUUAGUACCAAAGACAGUAGAAAACUUUGUAACUCAUUCUAAAAAUGGCUACUAUAAUAAUCUCAUUUUCCAUAGAGUUAUACCUAAUUUCAUGAUUCAAACAGGUUGUCCUAAAGGUGAUGGAACAGGAGGAGAGUCAAUUUGGGGUGGCGAGUUUGAAGAUGAGUUUCAUCCUAAGCUUAAGCAUGAUAAAGCAGGCACUCUUUCUAUGGCAAAUGCUGGUCCAAAUACAAAUGGAUCCUAAUUUUUCAUAACAUGCAAUCCAACUGAGUGGUUGGAUAAUAAGCACACUGUUUUUGGAAGAGUUACAAAAGGAAUGGAUAUUGUUUAAUAAAUUGCUACAGCAAAAAAAGAUAAAUUUGAUAGACCUUUAAAAGAUAUAAAAAUUAGAACUAUUGUGAUUAUAUCCUGA